ACCGGGAGGGACGUAGCUCGUAGCUCGGGCAUACUUUCGGCUCCCCGGUUGUUUUCCUCCUGCCCACGCUGCAGGUUUUUCAGGUCCGCGCUGGAGCGUGCACUCCCAGGCGUAAAUAAACGUGCGCUCCCCGCCCCGCGUCAGCCAGCCGGCUAUUUAAGCGGCUGGCAGCAGUGAGCGCGGCUUGCAGACGCAGCGCUCGCCCGUCCCGUCCCGUCCUGUCCCUGCUCCUUCCACGCGCGCCGGGACCAUGUCGACAGAGAGCUCGAACGGCCCCACGGAGGACCAGCUGGAGAUCCUGGAGUACAACUUCAGCAAGGUCAACAAGCACCCGGACGCCACUACGCUGUGCCUCAUCGCGGCCGAGGCCGGCCUGUCCGAGGAGGAGACGCUGAAAUGGUUUAAGCAGCGUCUGGCGCAGUGGCGACGGUCAGAAGGCCUUCCAUCGGAGUGCAGAUCCGUCACAGACUAACGGGACAUGAGGCGCUUCCCUUCAGGAAGACCAUCUUUGAUGUCUGUCCUUGGCUCCACCAAGCUUUUUUGGUUUAUUAAUAUCAUGCUGUAUGUUCCAUUGUUAGCUGUCCUGGUAUUUAACACUGUUGUAUUUUUUUUUAAUGUACAUAGCUAGAAAAGAGAAUAACAAUAGGAUGCAGUGAGCAGCUUUUGUGUAAACUGGCUCAGCUAGAAAACUAUGGCCUGCCUUUCCCUUUAAACCGUGUUGAGAGAUGGUGUGAAAACCCCGGAAGUUUGCUUUUGACCAUCACCUCAGUAACAUUCCCCUUCCACCAUCCAUUUCAAAGCUGUUAAAACGCUAAUAUGACCCAGUAGGAGAAACAUUUCUUUCUGAAUUCACGUCCUAAGUUAUUUUCCUUAUGAUUCAUUUAAUACCUUCAGGUUGAGUGCAAAGUCAGAAGGAUAUUUGAGUGAUUCAGAUUAUCUAAAGCAGUUCCUUGGAUCAAAGCUACCUUGACUUUUUUUUGCAAAGAAUUCAUUUAGGCUAGAAGAUCAAAACCUUAACUGCUUUAUCAACUUUUUAACUGGAAGAAAAGCAAGUAAAGAAGUCCACAAAAGUUCGGAAUUUACUUUAUUUGAAUGCAUCUGAUAAGAUAAUGUUGAUAAAUAAAAUGAACUAAAUAAACCAUG